UUAUGCUCACAGACCGCUUGACGUUUUGUGACCCGGAAGAGUUUCUCUUUACCUAUCGAGGUUAAAAUGGCGGCUUGCAGCAUGUGAAGGGGUCGAAACCGGAGCCGGCUUAAUGAUCUGAGAACAUGUAUAAAACGCCAUGUAGCCGACUGUCAGGUUUGGUUGGUGCAAGUGUGAAACAGAAAUUAGUUCAAAAUACUCCUCGAUGUAACCAGACUGCUCGGAGCCUUAUUCAGCUGUACAGAAGAGAUCCGUCAAACUGGUUGACGUAUCAGCAUCUCAACUUCCUGAAACGUCAGUAUGUAGCAAAGAACAGCAGUGAGCUUAACCAGCGUGCUAUCCCAAAGCAAGCACCCAUCCUGACCAUUGUGGAUGAGAGAGAUGACAGCGUUGAGAGGAAGGUGCAGAGAAUACCAACUAUUGAUCCUGUGGUCACAGACGCUGAGCCACACUCAGAGGAUGUCAUCAGUAAGAUGCAGCCUGAAGCUUCCACCUUGAGCUCAACUACAGGAGUUGUCACAGUCCAGGAAAAGUCUGUGUCCAGCGCAGUUGGAAUGUCAGAUGAGACUCCACAUAUCCAGGUGGAAACAGAUGAGGCAAGGGAGGCACGUUUAGACAGACAGUGGAAGCAGCUGAAGGUUGAUGUGGCUGACUUACCGGACAUCUAUGCCAGACUCGCCAAAAUCAAGCUCACAGCAUUGGUGGUUACAACUGCAGCAGCUGGCUAUGCAAUGGCUCCAGUGCCCUUUGACCCACUCAUCUUCUUCGUGUCUUCUCUGGGAACAGGCCUCGCCUCUUGUACCGCCAAUUCAAUCAACCAGUACUUUGAGGUGCCCUUUGACUCCAACAUGAACCGUACAAAGAACCGUCCACUCGUCAGAGGACAGAUAAGUCCCCUCCACGCAGUGUCCUUUGCUCUGGCCUGCGGAGUCCCUGGAGUCGCGCUGCUCACGCUGGCUGUAAACCCAUUAACAGGCUUCCUGGGCGCCCUCAACAUCUUCCUCUACACCUGUUGCUACACACCGCUCAAGAGGCUCAGCAUCACCAACACCUGGGUGGGGGCAGUGGUGGGGGCGAUACCUCCUGUCAUGGGCUGGACGGCUGCCACAGGCUGUCUGGAGCCAGGUGCUUUGUUGCUGGGUGGUUUCCUGUACAGCUGGCAGUUCCCCCACUUCAACGCCCUCAGCUGGAACCUGAGGGAGGACUACUCCCGCGGCGGCUACCGCAUGAUGUCCGUCACCCACCCUGGCAUGUGCAAGCAGGUGGCCCUGCGCCACAGCUUGGGUCUGAUCGGCCUGUCGACCCUGGCGCCCGUGCUGGACGUCACCACCUGGACCUUCCCCAUCAUCUCCCUGCCCAUCAACCUGUACAUCAGCUACCUGGCCUUCCGCUUCUAUCAAAAGGGAGAUCGCGGCAGCGCCCGCAAGUUGUUCUUCUGCAGCCUCUGGCACCUGCCCAUGCUGCUGCUGCUGGCACUCACCUGCAAGAAGCCUCGCAGAGACCAACAGGACGCUGCUCUACCUCCAGCUUCACCUUUACCCCUCACACUGCAGAGCUAACUGUUUUCAUAGAUGCCCCCCAACACCUCUAAGACCUUUGAGACCCUCACUUUAACUGAGAUACUCUCUCAGUGUUUCCCCCUGCCACUUCAUCAUCAUGCUCGGUCGGAGCUCGGUGAUGGGCGCAUUAUUUUACCUGUGGUUAAUUUAAACCAGUGGUGCUCACUGCAGAUCAGGAAAUGAGCUGGAAAUGAUUUGGAUCAAAACAGCUGAUUUACAGAAAACACACUGAAUUAUUACAUCAGGGUGUAAUCAUUUCAAUGUGUGUGUACUGUGUAUAUUCUGUAUUUAUUUAUAUAGGAGCCCACCAGUUCCUGUCUAUGUUGUACACGACUGAUGUUAAAUGUUCUUGUACAGUGUAAAUUGCUCCAGUGGAUCCACACAGUGGACAAAUUAACCCAGUGCAUUGUACAAAUGCAAAGCAGAAGACUGACAUCACAACAUCAUGUAAUCAAGAGAUAUAUAUUUGAUUUUCUGAAAGAGUGUGAAAAUAGGACAAAUAUAAUGUUAAUGUGAAGCAGCUACAGCUCUGCAACUGAUAUCUGUCGACUGAUGUUCGACCUUGACUUGAUCCCUGCUACUUGACAGUUCAUAAGCCUCAUUGUAUUUUGCUGCUCAGCAAAUGCACUGAUGGGUCUUCAUUCAUUUACAUAAUGGUUUAUUUCAACACGGUUCGUCUGCACCAAAACAAAGGGAAUAGUUAACCCCAGUGAGAAACACAAGGGUAAAUGUUCUCCAACAAUAAAAGCGUCAUGAUUGUA